CCCUUGGCUGUCUGCAUUCCAUAUUGAGUACUGUCACCUGAGGUUGUCAGCUGUUUCCCUGAGCCCUGGUAGUUUUGUUGAUUAGAGUUAGGGGCUUGGGCCAUAGAAGAACCAUUGUGUUUGGCCUCUUCCUGUUUCAACAUUGUCUAACCCCAACUAGCUACUCUGCAGGUUGUUAUUAGUCACAUGGGGGACCCAGCAAGAGAGAUUCCAGUCUGUCACCUGUGGGGCAACAGCCUCAAAGCACAUGUCCCAUUGGAAGUGAGAUGAAACAGUCAGUACAGUGGUUAAGAGAAAAGACUUCAGAGCAGACAGACCUGGUUUCAAUGAACCAGGUUUCAAUGAACGUCUUAGCUUCGAUCAAACACUAUUUUACCCAAAGCAAGUACUUCUUUGAGGUUUUUUCCUUGGUUUAAGGUGGGUCCAGGGUUCUUAUGCCUAAAAUAAGAUGAUCUGGCAUGUACUUAACAGUUUAUGUUCUCAAAAGAAAAGAGCACACUUAGGGCUCAACCUAGUGCUGGGGAAAGAAGUAAAGAAAUGCUUCAUAAAUUCUUCUUGGUGGUGAUGAAACUAAUGUUGGAAAGAGUUCCUCCUGAAGCCAUUGGCUUCUUAUCUGCAGUUGGUGUCUUUAUUGUUCUUCUGGUUGUCCUCUUCCUCUUCAUCAAUAAGAAGAUAUAUUUAGAAAAAAUAGGACUUCCAUGCCUGGAACAACGAGGGAAAAGGAAGCACUCUAAAGACAAGAUUGGGAUACGUGAGGGGCUGGCUGAGAAGUUUUGAGAGUGAACUAUUCACAGCCAUUAAGAGAUCUCCAAUUUAAUUUGUCAUCAUGCUUAUUCUGUAGUUCACAUUAAGUCCAGAGUACUGAAGGAACUGAACAAGUGGACUUGUAGACAUCAGAUAGCUGGCCAUGGUGUUGGCCAUGGCGUCCCAGGAUGGUCAGAACUUCUUCCAGCCUCUCUCUUCCUGGAUAUCUCGGGUUUAUGAAGCUCUCCAGCAAGCAGGAGAUAUGUUAUCUGCUUCGCUGUUUAACUUAAACAAGCAAGACUCUAAAUUAAGUGAAAAGCUAGACCAGGACUUAGAUGAUAUUCAGAUUCAGGAAGCUUACUUUGAAGAUGAAGAACAAGGCAAUGAUUGCCGUCAAGAGGAUGAAAAUCCCUUGUUUCUUGAAGUGGAUCAUUUCUCCUGUUGUAAUAGUGAUUUGCAGGACUCUGCUCAAAGUUCAAGCCCCAGACUUAGCCAACCUGAAAAGGACUCCUGUUCCAUAAUGUCCCAGUGGCCCAGUCAGACCCUUGAUGACCAAAAGCCACCACAUAUGCUUUCUUCUAUUGCUGAGGAACAACGUCACCUUGAAAAGCAAAGAAGUGGUCUUCAGCACAGCUUUGACAGCCAGCUCUCUGGUAUUUUAGAAAAUGUUAAUGGAAAAAUGCAAGUUAACAGCUUUGGAGAUGAUGAAGAGCCAUGCACAUCUUCUGACAGUGACGGGGAGGUGAUCAAACAAUUUGAGAUUUCCGUGUCCCGGUCCCAGAGUUUUCGUUCAGAAGCAUCUAAGAAAGGCACACAGGUGGGACUGGAGCAGAAAUCAAAAUUCAGCCACCUGCUCUCUACCCAUGAAGAGGAUAACACAGAAGUGUCUGCCUAUGAAGGUUUGGAUGGAGCCAGCCAACCAAACUAUUCUGAGACUCUGUCUUAUGGUGAAGAUGAUCCCAUCUCUGCCCACUCACAGUCCCCAUGUGAGGUGGGAAACACCAGGCACCAGGGUGCAUCUCCCCAAGAGACCAGUGUGCCUCGCAGCCUUAGUCGCCAGUCCACAGAAGGCAGCUUGGAAUUGGAGACAGCUUUUAAUAACCGGGGAUUUGAAGACUCCUAUGCUACUGACAGCAGCUCCAUGUGGAGUCCAGAGGAACAGGAUGGGGCCAAUUUUCAGGUGCCGACUGGGGUCCUGGAGCCCAUCUCAAAAUGUGGUGACUUGGAUGUCAUCUUUGAAUAUAAAGGUUCCAGCCAGAAGCUCACAGUGACCGUUGUGAGAGCGCAGGGCCUCCCAGAUAAGGACCGAAGUGGUGUCAACUCCUGGCAAGUUCACGUAGUUCUGCUGCCCAGUAAGAAACAGAGGGGAAGGACAAGCAUACAGAGAGGCCCCAACCCUGUUUUUAAGGAGAAGGUCACCUUCACCAAGCUGGAGCCCAGAGAUGUGGCUGCCUGUGCUAUCCGCUUCCGCCUGUAUGCUGCCCGCAAGAUGACCCGUGAGAGAAUGAUGGGAGAGAAGCUGUUCCAUCUCAGCCACCUGAACCCAGAAGGGGAAAUGAAAGUGACUCUGGUUCUGGAGCCAAGAAGCAAUAUCAGUAGUGGAGAGUCUCCGCUCAGCCCAUCUGCAGUUUCUCACAGUGAUAGUGCUUCAUCCACGCAGUCGCUGUCUCAUGGAGGGGCGCCAGAGCUGUUGGUGGGGCUGUCCUACAAUGCCACAACGGGGCGAUUAUCUGUGCAAAUGAUCAAAGGCAGCCAUUUCCGAAACCUCGCUGUUAAUAGAGCGCCUGAUACAUACGGGAAGCUCUUUCUUCUCAAUUCUGUGGGUCAAGAGAUGUCCCGCUGUAAGACAUCCAUUCGACGUGGUCAGCCCAAUCCUGUCUAUAAGGAGACCUUUGUUUUCCAGGUGGCCCUCUUUCAGCUGUCUGAUGUCACGUUGAUGAUUUCCAUUUAUAAUAGGCGCACUAUGAAGCGUAAAGAGAUGGUCGGUUGGAUUGCUCUGGGCCAAAAUAGUAGUGGAGAAGAGGAACAAGACCAUUGGGAGGAAAUGAAGGAAACAAAAGGUCAGCAGAUCUGCAGAUGGCACACCUUGCUCGAAUCCUAAUUCUGCCAACAGGCAUUUGUGUGCUACGUAUGGCCCGGUGACCCGCCUUUUAGCCACUCAUACCAACUCCUCAUAUGCUGGUGGGCUUUUUAAAGACAGGCUUACAAAUAGGGAUUAGGGUCUUCUAACCUCUGGGACAUUCUGGGCAGGGUCUUUGGGUCUCUCGAAGGUUUGAUUUGAAUUUAAAUAUUGUAAUUUAAAAAAAAAACCCACAUACACAUGGUCAAGUGUACUUGAUGGAAAAUUAACCAUAGUUGAGAACAGUGAUGAGUCAAUUUGUGUUCAUACGUUAGUGUAUCUGGGUUCAGCCUAUGGAAUAAAGCUUUUCUUGCUGUCUCUGUUUGCUUGAAGAAUAACCUGAGAUUUCAGGGGAGCUGUUAAAUCUUACUAUUUGUACCCAGGUAUGUGUAUGAACCAGAAUUUUGUUAAUAUGGUGCCAAAACCCCCCAAAUACAGAAACGAAUCAGAUGCUGAGGCUCAUAAAAGAAUGUAACUGUCAUCUAUCAUUCCCUAUUUCACAUUUUUGUCUUUAUGAAAACACACCUCAUUUAUUUACCUAAUAAAUGUUAUAAACGUGUACUUAUACAA